UCAACUGGGUAAUUUGAGCAAACGGGGGACGGCGGGGGGAAGGGAGGGGAAUAAAAAGCUCUGCAGGCAGUGAGAGAGGUGUGGGAGCAGGCAGGACGGAACACAGACAGAAAAAAAGCCGCUCACACGUGGAGGAGCAAACGGAGCGUCACUUUUUUUGGGAAAUAAAGUGAGGCGCAACAGCUGAGCUGCUGUCUUUGGGGGAACUUGGGGGGGAUGUAAGGGGAGGAGUGAGGCACAACAAUGCUCCUGGAAGAGCCGAAUAGGUGACUGUUAGAAGCUUUUUCAUUAAGAAAAUCAAAGCACAGGGGCUGAAGGGUCAUGGAAAACCCCUGGAGAAGGAGGUGGAGGACGCAGGCGAUCAGAUGGAAACUGUUGAGGAACUCGCUGCUGCUUUGUUUAUUCACCGGUGGCAGUAAAGCCCAGUGUGAAGGCUGUAUAGAGUACUGCUGCGAUGGAUCUCCACCUUUCUGCUGCUCCUACUACGCCUACGUGGGCGACGUCCUCUCGGGCACUGCCAUCUCUGGUAUCGUUUUCGGCGUGGUGUUCCUGAUGGGGGCGGUGGCGGCCUUGUUCCUGUGCGUAUGUAUGUGCAUGAAGAACGGGCGAGGCGCCCGGGUCGGCGUGUUCAGCACCUCCUACAUCAACACUGUGACCCAGGGCUACCCAGGCCCUCCACCUCCAUACACCUACGACUAUGAGAUGUACCCUCCCUCGCUGCACCCGCCGCCUUACACCCCGACUCAGCCUCAGCCGGCCAACUGCUCCCCUCCUCCUCCUUACCCUGGCUGCGCCCGCAAGUGAAUCCCCCCCCGCAGUACGGAUCAUCCACCGGCCAGCUCAAGGAGACUACCAUGACCUGGUUUUUUUCCAAACCUGGAGAUGACUCUACAUCUUCGGCCUCUAUGGGGUUAAAGACAGUUUAACAAAUGUGCAUAUUUAAACACAAAGAUAGGGUGGCCCAGUGCAAUAUUGUUCAGCAGGCCAGAAUUCUCAGCUACGCACCUGCAGGGUGUAAACGUCACAGCAUUUGUGCUGCUUGGACCAAAAAGGUUGGGAAAUAACAAUUUAACACCACGCUGGUCAAGACAGCAUCCCAACACAUCCACGGUUUGAUAGCUGUUAGCAGCCUACAGCAGGUACUUCUUUUUUUUUUUUUUCUUCUCCACACUAAUAACCAAUAUCCUUCUCUGUCCCCGGCUGUGCACAUCAAAGACACCGCUGAGCUUUGAUGGAGGUGAAGACCACUUUUGUCAGCAUGGAAGCCGGGGGGGGUGGUGGUGGGGAACCUUACAUCACCUGAGGAGGGAAGUCUUUCCAGGACACAAUGUAGAGUCUGCUUUUAUUCAAAGUUAUCUAUCCCACCAUGUGUUUUUUCUUUUUUAGUUAUUGAGGUGAAAGUUGAUGAUUAAAGCUGUUUUUUAAAAACAAGUCAGGGCUGGACCUGUCACGUGUAAACACAAAGACUUGAAUAUAAUGUAUGAUAACACUGACUUUUUAAUGGAACGGACAACUUGAAAGGACUGGAACUGUUUUUUUGUUUUUUUUCUUUACUGCCUUACUUGAAACAAUGCGAGGAGGGAAAAGCUCUUUGAAAUGAGAAAUUGUAAAUCUUCUGCCCUUUUCUCUCUCUUGCUGAGAACUGAUGAUGAUUUGAAUUGCAGUUGUAGGCCAAUUAAAGGUCCAGUAUGUGUAG